AUGACUUCCGAACUGGAUCUGCUAAUUAAACAACCACAGUCGGCAGGUCAAGAGACAAAUCUGGACAUCGUGGUCAUACCGGCGAUUCGAUUGAGCAAACCAACGGAAUGGCUAGAUGCUUUUGAUGGAUGGUGGUUAAAACAUCUUGCGCAAAGUCGUAAUGCUCAUGCUACCGUUUGGGCAUAUAGUUACAGCAGUAAACAAACCAGCUCUAUCCCGACGCAGCUGAUCAACGAGGGUGUUACACUUCUCGAAGCUUUGUCCAACCUCUGCAACAGGAGCCGAAAGAAAGUUCCUAUCAUUUUCAUCUGUCACGGUACGGGAGGGUUACUCCUCAAGAAGACACUUUGCCUUUGCAGAGAACAGUACCACCAAUAUCGCCAUAUCCUUGAUCUUGUCUCUGGCUUUAUAUUUCUUGGUUCGCCGCAUUUCACUCAGGAUAUCGUCGAAGCUCAAAAUUGUCUUGACUUAUUAUUAACAUUCCUGAACGGGGGUAAUGGGAGGAGUCGGUCAAGACAGAACGAGGUCAAACAUCUCAUUGAAGUCUGCAAGACCUUCGAAACAUUUAUGACUGAGGUCCCGAUCCUCUCGGCAUAUGAGAGCAUGGAGACUAUAAAUAACCAAGGUUUUUUCUCAAAGUUGGGUCGCAAGGGCCGAGGCCCGGCUGUACCCCAGUCCCUUGGUACUCUCAAAGUUAGAGGCGAAAGGUCAAUAGACAGCGAAUCCGAUCAUAUCAACAUCUGCAACGUUUCCAUGAUAAGCAAGUUAUACAAGGCAUGCCAGGACCUUGUACGAGACGUUAUGAAACGCGCGCCUCGAAGGAUUGCGGAAAACGAUAGGCCUUAUGAGAUUCCCGGAGCCCUAAAGAGCGACAGUCUUCGGAGUCCAAGUACCGCCGGAUGGACAAGAAUCCAAGACAUGUCGUCCCAUGAUGCGUCCCUUUCGAAUCCAUCUCCAAUUCGUGCCGCCACAGGAACGUUGAGUGGGAGUUCAUAUGAGCAUGUUGCGACUGAAGUAAAUCUGGAUGUGGCUAUCCGAGAUCCAAAGCUGCCAUGUUACAUGCUUGGAGAUCAUUGUCAAAAAGAUUACUUUGCAGGUCGUGAGACCAUACUGAAAAGAAUUGAUGAUCACCUUCUCUACCCGAUUUCCCAAGAUAUGGCAGACCCUGGAAUCUGCCAGGAUACUGACUUCACUCUUGGCCUUCGAUCCUUCGCCAUUUGUGGCCUGGGAGGCAUUGGCAAGACAGAAUUAGCAAUUCAGUAUGCUCACACACGAAAGAACCAAUUCGAAGCUAUUUUUUGGCUCAAAGCAGACGACAGUAAAGUUCUUGCAUCGGACUUUGCCAACAUAGCGGUUCGACUAGGGCUUGAAGAUGACAUCUCCCUUGACAUCACGGCAAGUCGCGACAUUGUCAUGGGCUGGCUGGCGAAACCGCUUAGGGACUCCACCCAGCCAGACGACUCAGGAAACUAUGUAAAGUGGCUCCUGAUCUUCGACAACGUCGACAAUCUCGAUGUUCUUGCAGACUUCUGGCCGAAUCUUGGCUCUGGUUCUGUGCUGGUUACUAGUCGCGACCCCAAUGCUAAGCAGAACAUACACAUUCACCAUGGGUUACACCUCCCUCCAUUAACGAAUGCCGAGACAGAAAAUCUGCUGCAGAAACUUACAAACGUGACGGCUGAUGGAAUACAACAAGAGGCCCUGGCCAAAAUAGCGCAGGAGCUUGAUGGGCUACCGCUAGUCGUCAACCAGAUCUCUGGAUUGAUUCGGUCACUUCGACUUUCUUAUGUGGAUUUCUUGAAAUACCUUCAAAAAUACGGAAUCGAAAGGUUCUAUGAGAGGCAACUAACUACAACUGACUCUGGCAAGAUUCAGUCACUAGUGACACUUUGGGCUUUGGACCGGCUUCCUCCCCCGACCAAGGCCUUGCUAGAGAUCAUCUGCUUACUGGAUCCUGACGACAUCCCCGAGGACGUUUUAAUCGACAACGAUCACCAGGUUGAGCUCCCCGGAUAUCCAACAGACAUGGAAAGUUAUUACAGCGCUAGAAGUGAGCUUUUGUCUUCCUCUCUCGUGAACCAAAUGAACAACAACAAGUUGUCACUGCAUCGUCUUGUCCAAGACGCAACCAAAACCAUGAUGGGUCCUGAAAGGUUAGCCCAAGCCUUCCAAUCAGCGAGUAAAUUGUUGGUUUCCGCCUGGCCUUUUCAGUCCAUUAAAGAGCACCACUCGACUGUAAGGUUUGGCAAGUGCGAAAUGCUUUUUAGCAGUGUCCUUCGUUUCAAGGAUGGCCUCCAAGCGAUGCUCCCGGGCGACAUCAAUUUAGCUUUGGAUCUGUCUAUUGCACGACUAUUCAACGAUACGGGAUGGUACAUGUUUGAACGUGGUCUGCAAGAGCAGACGAAACCGUUUUGCGAGCUAGCUCUCGAAAUUGCAAAAAGUAUAAAGAACAAGGACAGCGCAGAAGCGGCCGAGUGCAUUCGAGAAAUCCACUCAGUAUUAGGAAUCGCUCUUGUCGAGACGAAUGAGCACCGUUUGAGUAUGCAACACAAAGACAGAUGGCUGAAAAUGUUACUUGAGAGAAGAUCCGAGUCAGGAAGCGCCAUCGAAGACUACGAACUAGGGUAUGCCUACAAUGAGAUCGGUGUGGCUCAUGGGAAUAAGGGCGACAUUGAGAAAGCAAUUGAUGCUUUCAUUCGAUCAAUCCAGAUCUUCCAAGGGUUGGAAGACUACGAAGAUAUCAUGCUCGGGUGGCCCGAGCCAAACUUGGGAUUCAUGUAUUGGUUAAAAGGGGACUUGGAUAAAGCUGAGACGGCUCUUGUGGAGAUUCUUGAUAUCCAUGCCGCCAAAUGGGGAGUGGAUGACACUCAUUCCUUCAAAACAGGGAAAAUUCUGUAUGGCUUGGGCAACGUACUAGAGUCGAAAGGCCAGUUCAGCGAGAGUCUCGAGUUUCACGUACGUUGUCUCCAGCAAUACAAAGCUGUCCUUGGUAUGAAGCACCACAGAGUUGGGGAUGUAUGCCAUAGACUCGCUGGGCACUAUAUGAGACUGGAACUAUAUGAGGAAGCCCGGGGAUAUAUCGACACUGCUUUGGAAAUAUUCCAAUCACGUUCGUACUUGAUCAACGAAUACGCCCGAACGGCCUACAGAAAAAGCCAGUUGCUUGAAUUACUGGGUAAUCAUGACGAGGCAAGGGAAGUGAUGGAAAAGGCGUAUAAAGCACGAAGGAUUGCAAAGCCGGGGGACCCUCGGUCGAUGGAUAAACUAGUUGAGCGCGAUUACGACGAGUUGGUUGCAUUUUGGUCUCGAUAA